CUUAAACCUGUUGUUAAUGAAAUAUUUGAAUUUACCUACUCUAUUAUUUUUUUUAGCAACUGUCAACUUUGUGAUAGCGCAAUAUGCAGGUAGCAGACAUGACGCAGCAUGCGAGUAUUUGGCCUACAGAAUAUAUUGUUUUGGUGGUUCGUCAACUGUUGCGAAAUCUAUCACAACCACAAGUACCAGUAUGGCUAUGCUUGAUAUAUUAAAACAUAGUGGGGAACCGAUAGAUGUGUUGAAUACAAAAUGGGAAUACAUCGUUACAAAUAAUGGAGAGCUUGUUCAGCCGAGAGGUGGCCCACAACACAUGCGACUAGAAGACAAAAAUACCAUGGUAAUAAGUGGUGGGUUUUCUUCUACUACUACAAAGUUGACACAUCAAACAAUUUCUUUCAACGCCAACGGUUCUACUUGGAGUACACUUCCAAAUUAUGAAGACUCGGGCGCCAAUAGGCAAAUAUAUGUAGCAUCUACAGUUUAUAUUCAUGGCCUUGGAAUUGGAUUUUAUGGCGGUAAAGAAGAUAUCUAUGACAAAGGCUGGACAUAUCCAGGAAUCAAUAUGAGUGCUUAUACCGACGAGAAAAACGAUAGAAGAACUAUUGGUUAUGCGAAGUUGACAUUCUUGAAUCCAAUAACAACCUCAAACAAUAUGUGGUCCCAAUAUUCGUCUGAAAAAAACAGUAUGAGAUUUUUCACUUCGUACCAAACUUCUGUUUACGAUAAAAUCAAUAAUCGUAUCCUCUUCCUGGGAGGGGAGUAUCAAAAUCCAGCUAGAACAUAUCACUAUCAGACUUUUUCUUCCGCUCCAUCAUUCAAUUUAAACGAUGGUUCAUGGUCUAUGCAGAAUUUAACUGGCAGUAAUAUACCAACGUAUAGAGUAUUACAUACUGCAACAAUAUUUGGCUCCGAUAAAAGAAGUGUUUUGUUAUACGGUGGCCAAAACUCAGCGGAUGAUAAUCUUUGGGCUGUUUCUGACUAUUGCUAUACCUUGGAUUUAGUUUUAAAUAGGUGGACAUUACAAAACAUUAUUCCCAGUUCUACUGAGGUUUUGAUAAGAACUAGACAUUCAGCUCUUCUUGUGGACGAUGACACUGUAUUUAUCAUAUAUGGAAUAACCGAAAAAGGCUUAUCAGCAAAUUCUACAUUGAUAUUAAACGUGAAAGACCCAUCAGCCGUUUUAGCAGUAAGCAGUUAUAUUCAUCCCCAGGCAGAGUCAGAGACUUUACUUCCAGCUCCAACGUCUACAGAUAACGCUGGUCCCACCAGUAGUAGCAAACCAGUUUCUGACAGUCCAGGCGGUGAUCAGGCCAGUGUGUCUGAUGUAGUAUCAGAGAAUGGGGUUAAACCAAUAACACAAUCAGACAUGCAAAAAACUAUUGGAAUCGCCGUAGGUUGUACUGCUGGAGGAUUGGUUAUCAUUGGGUCUCUCGUUUUCUUUUUUUGCAGAAGAAGAAGAUCGAAAAAGCACCAACGAGAACUUGAAGAGCUCGAAGAAAAAAGACGUGAAAUUGAAACUCUUCAAAAAAUGGCUCAUGUCGAAGAAGAACCCAUGAUGGUUAAUUGGGACGAGAUUGACAAAGAACUUGGUAGGUCCUCCGCACAACCUGGAGGUAGUCAGUAUACAUACUCUCCUCAGUUUUCGGAACAGACUACAACAAUAAUAUCUGGCUCAGCAGCCGAUCAUUCAAGUCCAACUUUUCCGAAGCAAGAGAUAAAGAACCAGCGCCUUGAUAACAUUAACCAAUACAAUCAUAACGUGUCAACUGAACGACAAGCUUCUAUGGACCAAUAUAAUAAUGCUGCACCGCUUGGACGGCCUGAUGUUAUUGAAGAAGACUGUCAUGCCGUGCAAUACGUUCCACACAUCCAAAAACCUGAUGGUGUUUGAGUGAUCUCAUUUUAUGAUGAAAAACCAAGAACAUUAUACAGUUAACCCAGAUAAUCGAAUUAUCAUGUUUUAUUUUAUCACUAAUAUAUAAUACUUAC